AUGCGGGGGCUGCGAGCAGCAUGCCUUUUGCUGCUGGCGCAGUUGGUCUUCUCUGAGCCCCCUGCGGGAGAAACGGGAAAUGCAGCAGACCCUGCAAAGGAAGCCGCGGAUGAUGCGGACCUUGACCUAGAUGACCUCGAGACCGACGACGAGGAGGACCUUGAGGUCGACAGCGCAGGCGCAGGAGAGCCUGAAGGGGAGGAUUUUGACAAGGACAUGCCGGAGGAGGAUCGCACCAUGCGUAUGAAGAUUUGCCUUGCCGGAGCUAUGGCAAGGUUACAUACACACUCCGAGGAGGUUGCACAGCUGGCCGCACAGCUGGCCGAGCGAGGAUUAAACAAACAGCAGGCUAUGAACUCCAUCUUCUAUACUUGGAUGAUAACGUGCUAUGUUAAGAUACCCGACGAGGACGCCAAAGCCGCAGCGGACGGCAAUUCGGACGUCCUCAAGGAUGCACAGCUUUAUGAGCCACCGGCCCGGGCUUCUAGCAGACAGUGGUCCUUGCUGGAGACGGUGCUGAAGGAACACAUGGAGCUACAGCAAGAGGCAAUGAAAAAGCAGGAGCAACAGAAGGCUCAGGGCCAAAGCCAGCAGUCGCGACCAGGCGCAGGCCAAGCUCCACAGGAGCCACCGACGCCGGCCCCAGGCUCUGGAAGCAAGUUGUACAUGCUUCUGGCCCUGGGCUUUGUCUUCGGAGUCAUCGGGCUCGGAAUCAUGCUCCUCAUGCAGAAGGAGAGGAGCGAACGGGAUGAAAAAGAAAGGAAAAAGGAUAAAAAGGCAUCGAAAAAGAAGGCGUAG